CGUAGCGAUAGUUUUGCAGCUCCACAGCGACAUAAAAAACAUAAAAAUAAGUCAACAUUUUUAAAUUGUUAAUAGUUAUUAAGUGCAAAAGUGUACGGCUAUAUAAUUCAAAAACGCGCAUUAUCUGAUCAGAAGUAAAGUCUUAAAUCGUAUUUCUAAUAUUUGUUGUUAACAUACAUAUUGCUCCCACGACUGCCACGGCCUCCUCGGUCAAAGAGCAAAUUAAAUAAUUUUCAUUUAUUACGAAACUUAGAAAUACGCAUUCAUAUGCAUUAAAAUUCCAACUACGGUCCGGCGACUGCUUGCCAAGCAGCAAUAUAAAAAUGGCCAUGCAUUCAUAUAUGCGGGCUAACGCAAACCAAAACCAAAAUCAAACAAACACAGUGAGCGUGAAUUUAAGUCCAGAUGAGAUGCAUAGUUUCCUAAAGGAUAAACAGGCUUGGGAACAUGCCAUAUCGCUGUAUCAAGGACCAGAUCCCCUUGAUCAUUGGUACAACUAUAUCUGCUGGUAUGAGAAUCAUGCGCAUAGCGAUCCAGAGCAAAAGUUUCGAGAGACCCUGGAGCGCUGUCUCACUCUGUACGAGCAUAACGAUUACUAUCGACAAGAUGUGCGUCUAGUGCGUCUCUGGCUCAAAUACAUUGCCAUGCAGACAGAUCAGCUGCGAUUCUACCAAGUGCUGUUUCAGCGUGGCACUGGCCGUCAAGUGGCCGCCUUUUAUAUAGGCUGGGCCAGCUACUACGAGGCGCGUGAACAGUUCAAGGAUGCCGAAGCAGUAUUUAAUCUUGCCUUCCAAGAGAAGGCACAGGGCAAUGCCGAGCUGCAGAAUGCGCACACCAAGUUCACAUACGUUCGUUCCUUGUUCUAUCAACAACAGCAGCAACAGCACCAACAGCAUCCGAACCAGCAGCAUGUGCAGCAUCAGCCGUCACAACUACACCAACCCCCACAGCCACAUGAGACAAUACCACAGAUGACUCCUUAUUCUCACGCGCAUCAUCACCAGCAAGAGCACCCACACCAACAUCACCAUCAUCAUCAACAUCAACAUUCACAGUUACAGCCGCAGUCACACCAGACUUACUCGCAACCCGCUACAUCAACGCCUUCUAGGCCUCACCAGCUGCCGCAAGAGAAUUUUCAAUCAUAUCAACAGCAUCCUGAUGAGCUUGCUUACCAUCCUCAUGCUCAUUCUCAUCAACAGAUCCCGCCGCAAGCACAUUUUCAGCAUCAAGAACAGGAGCAGUUCCAACAUGCAGCUGCUGCAGCUUCACACAAUCAAGCGACGCUUGACCAUCGUCACUACGCUCCAAUAGUUCACCAAAAUCAUGAAGAUCGGCCCGCCUCCCAUCCACACUAUGAGCCACACUUGCAACAAGUCAUGGCCGCCGACGACGCAAAUGUGAGUCAAGCGCAACAAGAUCCUUUAACUGCCGAAUCAUCAACGCAAAUUGAGGGCAUUCGAUUGCCGCGGAAUUUUCACGCAUAUGGACGAAACAACCAUGAAACCUGGAAACCAGCAUUGACACUGGAGGAACCAGACGAUCCCUCAAGGAUUUGUCACUAUGCCAAACAGCUGGUAUAUCCACCAGGUGCAGGAGUUGAGUACAGUCCUGAGGAGCUGUUAGCACGGAAGUACGCACACAUGUUGGAGCAACGUAAACAGCAAUCACAGGCACCGUCAGCUGUUCGAAGCAAUGAGCCAAGCGAGACACAACAUGAGCCACAAUUAAAAAAAGAGACUAUUUACUCAGUCGAACAGGAACAGCAGCAGCAACAAAUUAUGUUCGAUUCCUAUGAGUCACAGAAUUCAUAUUACAUGACCGCAAUGAAUGGUGAAAUCUUUACACAAAACGAUGACGAAGCUGAAGACGAACAUUCAGAAGAGGAGGAUGGUGAUGUUGAAGAUGAAGCCGACCAGGAUCAGCAGUCAAAUCAAUCAGUCGAGGAAGAUUCGGAGGAAGCGGACUCCGAUCAGCAGGUCGAUGACGACAACGAACCAGUCAAGUCAUAUAGUAAUGCUGCUCCGGCGGACAUGCUAUUUCGAGCGCAGACAACGUUUGAGCAUCAAAACCGCUCCAUUAAGAUGAAGUUCAAAAAAGAACGCACUCUUGAGAGCAGCACCUACAGUGCCUAUACCAUUGAGAGCAUUUACCAUCAGCAACAGGAAUUGCCUUCGCCUGCACAAAUGCCGCAAACGCCCCAAACAGCACAAACUACAAUGACAACGCUGCCAGCGUCACCCAAAAAUGUACAAGAUUAUAGUGGAGGGGCUGGGACUGGGACUGGGACUGGGACUGUUCAACGCCAACGAAAUCUCGGACAUCAUUUUCAUCCAUACAUGUUGUGCCAAACGUCGACGCCAAAGAGCAUUGGCAAUGACAAUCGCAGAGCGCGGGUAAAGGCUAGAAUUGGAAAGUUUCAAGUGGAGCCGCGUAGUAACAGUAAUUCCUCAUGUUCAGUUGCGGAACAAGCGAUUAAUGGCAUCGAUGCUGUUGCGCUUAGUGCUACUGGGGAUGGAACUGAUGCCACUGCUGCGAUUGCACCAAUAGACAAUGCUACCUUCAAUGACAAUGCCAACUUUUCGUUCUCUAGUGCAGGCGGAUUGGACAAUUCGAAUAGUUCAUUGGCAAUGGCCGUCGAUAGACUUCAUUUUCGCGAUGCCACACAUGUGGCAAGUAUUAGCAGCAGCAACAACAACAAAACUUUACAUCCGCACAAUAAUAAUAACAACUUGACGACAACAUCCGCAAGGGGAACUGCAUUAAAUGACUUUUCCACGUUCCAGGAGAACUCAUAUUUUGCCACACAGCAUGAUGCGGAGGCGCAAGAACGUCGUCUUGCAAAGGCCUUAGAGACAAUCGCAAGGCAUUUGGCUAAGGAGGCAAUUGAUCCUUUUAAUAGCGAACUCUGUCGCGCAUUCCUCACAAAAGUCAAUUUCCCAGGCGAUGAUGAUGCACACGCUAGCUACAAAGUUGUGCAAACGCCACUGCCAAAAAUAUCUAACACACGCACAUUGAAUGUCCUCGAUAGCAUACAGUUCAACAUUGACAAAGAAGUGGGUCGCGGCUCUUAUGGAUCCGUAUACAAAGCGACCGAUAUUCGCACCGGCCAUGUUGUGGCUCUUAAGUACCAGAAGCCGCCAAAUACAUGGGAGAUUUAUAUUUGUGAUCAGGUCUUGAAGCGUGUUCAGGAACGAGAAGUGCUGCCAGGAUUGAUGGAUAUAUCGACUGCGGUUAUAGCACCAAAUGCAAGCUUGAUAGCUACUGAAUUCUCUCCGUUUGGUUCGUUGCUAGAUAUUAACAACAAAAUUCGGCAGGCCACCACAAAAGUUAUGCACGAAUCGCUAGUGAUGCACUUCUCAGCGCAAAUUUGCAAUAUUGUGGAUCAUUUGCAUCGACAGCACAUCAUCCAUGCAGACAUUAAACCGGACAACUUUCUGCUGAUGCGCGUGCCAAGUGUCGACAGUGUUGAACCUUCUCUGCGUCUCAUCGAUUUUGGCUGCGCCAUUGACAUGUCACUCUUCCCUAACCCUGAGCAUACAAAGUUCCGCAAGGUGGUUCAAACCGAUGGUUUCACUUGCAUCGAAAUGCAGGAGGGUCGUCCUUGGUCAUAUGAAACGGAUCUAUUCUGUAUUGCCAGCACGGUGCACGUCAUGCUCUUUGGCGAAUACAUGCAGCCACAAAAGCGCCCCGCCGGAUGGGAUAUACGUCAAAAACUGCCGCGCUAUCUCAAGAAGCAUGUCUGGUCUAAGUUCUUCAGUGAUCUGCUUAACAUGCGUGCUGACAAGUUGCCUCAGCUGCAGUCAAUGCGGAAAAUAUUCGAAGAGGAAUGCUAUCGCAUGGAAUCGGAGUUGCAGAAACACAUACGUACUUUAUCCAACAUAUUGCAUCGACGAUAACAACAGCAACAACAAAAAUGACAUAAUCAUAGUGUCACUGUUCUUGUCCACCCUGUGCCCCGAAUUGGGUAUUUAACUAAACUACCAAUGCGCUUGAUGAUCUGCUUAACAGACAUACUUAAUUCACUACUACAUAGUCUGAGACUAAACUCUGCCCGUCUGCGUGAAUUGAAUAACUUUUAACACUACAUUCAUAUUUACUCUUUCAAGCCCAAAUACCCAAAAACAUUUGUUCUAAUUUCUCCCCUUUAAUUAAAUGUAACUGAAGUCAUUGGAACACUACAGAUCGCGAUUGUGCUAUCUUAUGUAAAUAAUUUAACUAACACGUACAAAAACUUUCAUCAUCGGCAUUAUAACGCGAAACAGCAAUGUCAAGAAAACAAACCAUGUCAAAUGAAAUGUAAUACUUUACUUUUACUUAAGUAUAUGAAAUUCACAUCAUAUUUUCAAAGUCAAAAGAAGAACAAUAAUAUGUUCAUAUGCCAAAACAUAUGAACGAGUUAGAAUGUCGAUAAUUACACCGCCAUAUUUAACACAAAAAAAAAUAUGGAAUUAUUUGCAAUGUGCAAAAAUACUAAAUUAAAAAUACUAAAUUUAUAUGCAAGGUAUUCAAUCGUUUGGAUUCAGAGCAAAUAAACUGAAUUUUGCGAUUCAAUUGUAUAAAAUGAAUUGCAAGUGCAAUUAUCGCCGUUUCUAUAAACUGUAUCACAUAUGAGUUCUAAACUGCACAUUUUCAAUCCUUGCUUUUUUUUAAUGACAUUCUAAAGAACCAAUUAUGUGUAUAAAAAAACUUUUGAAUUAAACGCUUUUCUUAAGCUUUCGCCCUGAAUCGCUAGUCUACUACGUACACUGCAUUAAAAUGAUAUAUGUAAGUUUGGCAUAAUUUCACUAACUUCGCAGAUAUGUGGCAAUUAUGUUCUUCAUUCAAAUUUAUUAAAUUUAUACUCAUUUGAAUGAGCUGAUAUGGAGUAAGAAUUAAACAUUUUCUUAACGUAUGCAUAAGUACGAUAUACGUAGGCAUAUUGACCACGAUCGUCCCAGCGAAAAAGUGGGCGAAAAAUAAGAGAACAAAAUUGGUAUUUUUCAUGUACAGAAAGUCACCUGUGAAGAAACUGGAAAAAGCAAAAACAAAAAAUAAGUUGCGAUCGUUAAAUGUAAUGUAAAAUACUAUAGGUAAUCUAAGAUUUGCUGUACUAUUGAGUAAUAUAACUUUAAAUGAUAGAGAAUAAAAAUUGAGGAAAUGUUGAAUGAAAAGUACAAAAACAAAAAAAGAGAAAAUCAUCGUGGUAACCUAUUUUCGCGAAGAUGAAAUGUAAAUGCUAGAAAAACGAAAUUGCCGCUAGAUAAUUGUCAAGUAAGUGCUAAAAGCGCUGUGUGCAGCAGGCGGCAUGACAGCGUGGCAGCAUGCAACAAGUAACAAGAGCAGCAACAUAACAACAGCGUAUAACAAUCAUGGACAACAAUGCUGCGCUUGACCCACUUUUCCUUUUUGCCAACAGGCAACGGUAAACAAUUUCCACCAAGCAAGCGAGUGGAAAAAGUUGCAACUUUUCAUGCAACACAUCAAGAGACAUAGACACACACGCUGCAUAGCGCCGCAAAGUCAAAGUCAACGUUGCGGCGCUGCAAGCGUCGACUUCGCUGUCGCCGUCGCUGUCGCUGCUGCGCCGUCACUGUGGAAACGGCUAUGCGCGCUUGCAGUUGCAAUUGCAUUCGCCUUCGACUUCGCUUUGGUUGUGACUCUCGCCAAGUGAAAGUAAAGUGGGGCAAAUGUAAUUAUUGUUGCUUCUAGUAACCGUAACCGAGUUAGAAGCCUCGACUGCAGUUGGAAAGUUGGCAACAAAUGACGACGUCGACGCCAACGUCGACUUUUACACAAUAUUUUAUUUAAUCAAAUUGCAAAGAGAAAAUGCUAGCAACAUCGACAACAGGCAACAGACAACAACUGCGGCACCGCAAUUGCAACAGGCAAAUAAUGCAACGCGAAACUUUCUAUUUUUUGUGUGUCGGUUUUGACGUCAACACUGAAUGCAACUGCAGCAUUCACGCACACACUGCCAUUAGAUGUUUGCAGAUUGUUGCAUGCAUGAAUUAAUGAUUGUGGCCCAUUUUGGUGUGUAUGCAAUUGGCCUUAAACGUACCCGUAAAUAACCAACAGAUUUUGUAGGAUGUGUGUUAUUAAACAUUUUGGAAACAUAACAAUCUGCAGUAUAUAUAAGAAAAAGGACAGCAUGAAACUGAUCCUCUUAGGAUAAUAC